ACCCCACAACCCCGGGGACCCCUGAGAGUCCCCAAAAAUCGAGGUGGCAGCGCCCGCAAGCCGCUCCCACAGCCGGGGGCCGAGCCUGCCGCCGCGGGCAGCCGCCCGCCCCGCCUCCGCGGCCAUUUAAGAGCCCCCCCGGAGCCGUCUUGGCGGCCAGCGGCGAGAGGACGUGGGAAGGAGCAGCAAUCAAGAUUGGACGGGGAAGAGUACGAAACCAGUUUUGCAUAAAGCUCCAUUAUAGCUGUGAUCGCGAAGCUAUUGCGUCACACGCACUCUGAUAGCUUUUUGCAAUAAAAGUGCUUUGUGGUGUGUGGAGUCCACUGUUAGAUCCGCACUAAUAGAGCGCUGAAGGACUGCAAUAAAUUGAACGUUUGCAACUGCAUUCCUUGAGAAAGACAGAAGACAGACUUUUUCAACCAUGGCAAACCAGGUAAGAUCUUGUGGUGAGAAAUUCAGGUUUGUAGUGUCUAAAUGGAUCCCAGAACCAUACUCAGAAUUCCUAGUAAAUGUAAAGCUGAAAUAGCUAGCUCACUCUGAGUUGGGUGUUCUAGUCCUAUGAUUUCCUCUGGUAAUUUGGUAAUUGGUGGUUGUCCUCUGGAUGCUUGAUCAUAACAACCGAAGCAGGUUGGGGGCAAAACAUUAAGCUUUGCAGUUUGGAUUAUUUGAGCAUGAGUUCUUCUGAAGGAUCUUGCGAGUAACACUCUCUAUAUAAGUUAUGUAGAGGUGUUCUAGAGGAAGAACACUAAAGCCUGCGUAAGUAAAAGUUACUGAAAAAUGCCAUUCUUAUUUUUGGAAAUCCUUGUUCUUCAGAAUACUAAAUGAGGGAGGCAACCUGUGUUAAUACGGCUGUUUCUCUCCUCUUUUGUGUAGUUACUCCACUUCCUUUUUAACUGUGGCUUUUCGGGUGUUUUUUAUUUUGGAGGUGCUUUUUUACGCCUCUUACUUCCUGGCCUUGCAUCUGGGUUUUUAGUUUUCCCCUCAGCCAAGUUAGUGCCUCUUCCUGGUCUGCUUUCUCCUUGCGUUCCAUUAAUGGGCCUCCUGUCAUUGUUCCUGGCCUGAGGGAGUGACUGGCAGCUAGGUAGUGAGGAGAGGCAUCUCACAUAAGCAAGAAGAAGUCCUAGGAAAGGGGAGAUAGGGACAGAUGAGAUUGCUUCUGAGCAAGAGUGAUGAUUUUUCUGCCUGUUCAUCACUCACUGUGCUACUGAAGACUUUUUUUUUUUGAGAGUCCAAGACCUCAAAUGGAGCACAAUCCAGUCCUAAGCUAAUUAACACAUAGGAUUGACCAGCAUCGAAGGGCUAACUGCUUUUUUCCUAAUUCCAAGAGGAAGCUGUCAAUCCUUUAGCCAGCUUGACAAGUCAGGGGAAUAUGGCUGUUCAUACAAUCCUUUGGCUCUGUUAUUUUUGCCAGGCGUUUUCCCCAGAGGCUGCUUUCCCUCAUGGGAGGCGGAGGGAGAAAUGGGACCCCAGGCUUCUUUCAAGGGCAAGGACUUGCUUGGGAAAAAACGAGAAUGCCUCCAGGCCUACAGCUGGUGGAGAACACCACAGAAAAAACGAAAGAAAAAGAACAAAAUAAAACCAGGAAGAAUAGAGUUUGUUAGUAGUAGUAGUUCAGCCAGACCGGAUUAUUCAAUAUUUGUUGGGGAGCUUACUCCAGAAGUGGAUGAUUUCCAGCUCUAUGACUAUUUCCUAAAGAGGUAUCCCUCAUGUAUUGACUGCAAAAUAGCAACAGACCUGCUGGGAUAUUCCAGAGGGUAUGCCUAUGUCAGAUUUGGUGAGCAAGGUGAUCAGAUGAGGGCACUGCAAGACUGCCAGAAUGCACCAGGUCUGGGGGGAAAACGAAUCCGGCUGAGCAUAGGAAUUUCUAAAAGACUGAAAGCAGAAUUCCAGCGGUACCAGUCAUACAACUAUAAUGAUUAUUACCAAGAUUAUCAGAACUACUACUCGCAGUGGAGUUACGAUGCUUACGCUGACUACAACUACGGCUCCUAUGCUCCCUAUGACAGCAUGCAAGCUGUUGGAGACUGCUCUUUAGGAGAUGCUGUAAUGGCUCCAGCUGUUUUUGAGGAAUCUUCAGUUAUGACUGAAAUCAGUGAUGACCUAAUUACUGAAGAUCCACAGCUCUACUUGGAUGUUGAUGAAAUGAACAGACAAUUCAUGGAGACAAGCGAAGAACUCUACGAUUCACUCAUGAAUUGUCACUGGCAACCUCUGGAUACGGUCACUUCUGAAAUCCCCUCUGCUAUUUAAGUGUCUUAUAUAGCAUGACCGUUAUGACCAAGGGAUGCUCUGGACCAACCGCUUCUUUCUAGCGCUACCUCAAAGUAACUUGCAGAUAGAACUCACAGGGAAGAUUGAUCAAAUGGUGAUGAUCGCUGUCGUUCUGCUGGACACGCAUAUACUUGCCUUUCGUUUUGGCUCAUUUUUAAUACCAAUUAACUUCAGUGACUCACGUUAAUAGACACCGUUUGACUGCAUUGGCAAAUAUUUCUGAGUCAUCAGUGUCAUUAAAGGCCUGUCACCCUAUGGAAAUCCUUCUAAAUAAGAAAAAUGGAAUUUAAAUAAAUAAAUAAAGCAGCAUCUGAACUUAUGAGCAAACA